UAUUUGUUUGCUUCUUCCACUUUCACUUUUUCCCGAGUUUAUGGGCAAGGAAGGAGAGACUUGUUUUUCACAAAAGGUUAUUUAUAUUAUUCUCUUCCCUUUUUCACUUUACUUUGAAAUUGAAUUGACCUUUCCCUCCCCUUUUCCUUAGCCUUCACUUCAUCAUCUCUAUUUCUAUCUACAACUCUGCCUCAGAACAACCCAAAUUGUUCGAUAAUUCUUCAGUCUCUCCCUCGUCCCUUAAUUAUCGAAUACUAUUGAGAUAAAAGAACAAUGAAGGACAACAUUAGAGGCAUGGGAUUGGUGAGGAAGGUGAUGGCAAAGUUGGCCUCCAACUCAAUGGCUCUUAAGGGGAAACUUCGGGCGAUUGAAGCUCGUUUAAUCAUAUUCUACUUAUUGAGGGACAAGAAGGUGCUUUCUCUUGGCUCCAAUGUCUCUCAGAAGCUCAAGAACCACAGUCGGCAGGAGAAGUACUUGAACCAGACUAAUGCAGUCGAUAGCAAUACUAUCGUCCUUCGUAACAGCGUUAACACAUCAAACAAUACAAAGCGGUUGGCAAAAGCGCCAGAAGAAGAAGAACAAGAACAAGAAGAUAAGUUGAUGUAUCCUUGGUUAGAUGAUGCGAAUAACAAGGAAGAAAGAGAUUAUUCAAAUUCUAUGGACCGACAUGGAAAGCAGUUGAGACUGGAGGAUGAUGUCGACCAUAUGGCUGACUUGUUCAUUCAACGAUUCCACCAACAGAUGAGAUUGCAGAGGCUCAAUUCCUGACAGGAAAGCAGUCACACUUAUUCGCCUUUCUUUCUCUUUCACUUAUUCCUUCUUGUUUGUGAAAUUUGUUUUCUUAAAUUGAAUAACUGUUAAUCAUUUCUUCUUUUAAUAAGAAUCCCAUCUCUAAGAAACUUCAGUUUCAUCCUUUAUAA